CCUGUACAAGGAGGCCAUGAUGGAGGAGCACCAGCCUCUUAUAUCACAAGCAGAAAAUUACCAUAAGAAUUCUGAAGGAAACUUCAUGUUAUCACUAAAUUAUAAAGCAGAAGAUGAAGACAACAUGCAGUGCUCUUCAGGAGAAAACCUUAAUGUACAUCCAGGACUUCACACUACAGAUCUAUCAUAUAAUCCUUCUGUUCAUGAGGAAUCUUCUGACCAAUCACAGGUUGCUACCACAAGUGCCAUUCAGAAAGGGGGUGAAAGGUUUCAAGAGAUCUCAAAUAGAUCAAGUCUUCCUACAGAAAGAAGAAUUCCCACACGGGAGAAGCCAUUUUCAUGUGUAGAAUGUGGGAAAUGUUUUUCAUGUAAAUCACAACUUGUUAGACAUGAAAAAAGUCACACAGGAGAGAAGCCGUAUUCAUGUUCAGAAUGUGGGAAAUUUUUUAAAGAUAAAUUCUAUCUUGUCACACAUGAGAGAAUUCACACAGGAGAGAAGCCGUAUUCAUGUUCAGAAUGUGGGAAAUGUUUUAAUGCUAAAUCAAGUCUUGUUACACAUCAGAGAAUGCACACAGGGGAGAAGCCAUACUUCUGUUCAGAAUGUGGGAAAUAUUUUACAGAUAAUUCAUAUCUUUUUAAACAUAAAAGAAGUCACACAGGAGAGAAGCCGUAUUCAUGUUCAGAAUGUGGGAAAUGUUUUAAUGUUAAAUCAAGUCUUGUUACACAUCAGAGAAUGCACACAGGGGAGAAGCCAUACUUCUGUUCAGAAUGUGGGAAAUAUUUUACAGAUAAUUCAUAUCUUAUUAAACAUAAAAGAAGUCACACAGGAGAGAAACCUUUUUCAUGUUCAGAAUGUGGGAAAUGUUUUACACUUAGACAAACUCUUGUUAAACAUGCGCUAUGUCACACAGGAGAGAAGCCGUAUUCAUGUUCAGAAUGUGGGAAAUGUUUUACACAGAAACCAAGUCUUGCUGCACAUCAGAGAAGUCACAGAGGAGAGAAACCUUUUUCAUGUUCAGAAUGUGGGAAACAUUUUACACAUAGACAAAAUCUUGUUAAACAUGCGCUAUGUCACACAGUAAAGAAGCCGUAUUCAUGUUCAGAAUGUGAGCAAUGUUUUACGCAAAAAUCAGAUCUUGUUAGACAUGAAAAAAGUCACACAGGAGAGAAGCCGUAUUCAUGUUCAGAAUGUGGGAAAUUUUUUCAAGAUAAAUUCUAUCUUGUCAGACAUGAGAGAAUUCACACAGGAGAGAAGCCGUAUUCAUGUUCAGAAUGUGGGAAAUGUUUUAAUGCUAAAUCAAGUCUUGUUACACAUCAGAGAAUGCACACAGGGGAGAAGCCAUACUUCUGUUCAGAAUGUGGGAAAUAUUUUACAGAUAAUUCAUAUCUUGUUAAACAUAAAAGAAGUCACACAGGAGAGAAACCUUUUUCAUGUUCAGAAUGUGGGAAAUGUUUUACACUUAGACAAACUCUUGUUAAACAUGCGCUAUGUCACACAGGAGAGAAGCCGUAUUCAUGUUCAGAAUGUGGGAAAUGUUUUACACAGAAACCAAGUCUUGCUGCACAUCAGAGAAGUCACAGAGGAGAGAAACCUUUUUCAUGUUCAGAAUGUGGGAAACAUUUUACACAUAGACAAAAUCUUGUUAAACAUGCGCUACGUCACACAGUAAAGAAGCCGUAUUCAUGUUCAGAAUGUGAGCAAUGUUUUACGCAAAAAUCAGAUCGUGAUAGUCAUGAGAGAAAUCACAGGAUACGAUCACAAUUCCAGAAUUUGGACUUUGAUUUCGAUUCCAAUUAAAGAAUGACGUUAUUCGAUAACAAAUAAAAUAACACUAAGAAAUACCCACAGUAACCCCAUGUUGCCCAUUAUGUGAAGAGGUACUUGAUGAGGCACUUACUAUUAAUGUGAGGCACAAGGAAGUACAAAUUAAUAAAACCAAGUGCCUCACACUAAUAGAGUAACACAAUCGAAUACCUUCUCACAUAAUGGGCAACAGGAUUAAUAUGUGGAGGCACAUGAUGGAAUUAAUGUGAUGCACAUGGAAGCCCAAAUUGAUAAAACCAUGUACCUCACAUAGUGAGACCAUCAAGUGCGUCCUCAUGUAAUGGACAACACGAGAUUAAAAUGGUUGUGCAGCAAGAUAGAUGACCUAU